AUGGCUGAAUCGAUGGAAGGUAGCAGUGAGUAUGUAGGCCACGUGGCGAAGCAUCUCACGCAAGAAGAAAUCGAAAAGAUACAAGCACAGGACUCGCGAUUAGUCUCGGAAUUUCGAGCCAAUCAAUUGGAAAAAGAUGCGAAAAAGCACUGGGAUUUAUUUUACAAAAGAAACGAUACUAGAUUCUUUAAAGACCGUCAUUGGACUAUCAGGGAGUUCAAUGAGUUGCUAGGCUUGGGUACGAGAGAGAAUGAAAAUGUUCUGCUGGAAGUUGGAUGUGGCGUUGGAAAUUUUCUGUAUCCGUUAAUCGAGGAUGGGUCGAAAUUUCGAAAAAUAUUCGCCUGUGAUUUCUCUCCUAGAGCCGUGGAAUUAACGAAGAAUCAUACGCUGUAUGAUUCAGAAAAAAUGGAGAUUUUUCAAACGGAUAUUACCGUGGAAAACUGUUUCCGCCACGUGGACUGCCCGGUAAACGUAGCAACUUUAAUAUUCGUUUUAUCGGCCAUUCAUCCAGAAAAGUUUAGAAAAGUUGCGCAGAAUUUGUACGACGUUCUUAAUAAUGGCGGAGUUGUGCUGUUCAGAGAUUAUGGCUUGUAUGAUAUGGCUCAGUUAAGAUUUAAACCUGGGCAUAAAAUCGGUGAGAAUUUUUACAUGAGACAAGAUGGAACUAGAUCGUAUUACUUUUCUCUGGAAGAAGUAUCAAAUCUAUUCGAGUCAAUUGGAUUUAAAGUUUUAACAUGUAAUUAUGUGCACAGACGAACUGUGAAUUUGAAAGAAAAAAUCGACGUGCCCAGAAUUUUUGUUCAAGGAAAGUUCGAAAAGUCUUGAUAAAUUGAACAUUAAACAAUAUUCGAUAAAUGCAGUUGAACAUUAUUACACACGUG